AUGCCUCACCUGCGAAUCGGCAAAAUACUUGCCUCACGCGCUGCUUGGCUCAUAACCUUAUUUCGUCAUUUCCCCCCCUUCCGCCUCUCGUUUCCUCAAUCUCGUUUCCCCCCCUUCUCCUCUCAUUUCCCCCCCUUCCGCCUCUCAUUUUCCCGGAGCUCCUCCCUCUCGUUUCCCCCCUUUCUCCCUCUCGUUCCCCCCCCCCCCCUCCGCCUCUCAUUUUCCCCCCUUCUGCCUCUCGUUUCCCCCCCUUCUCCAUCUCGUUUCCACCCAUCCUCCCUCUUGUUUCCCCCCUCCACCCUCUCGUUUCCCCCCAUUCUUCCUCUCGUUCUCCCCCCAUCUGCCUCUCCUUUCCCCCCCUUCCGCCUCUCGUUUCCCCCCCCCCUUCUCCCUCUCAUUUCCCCCCCUCCUCCCUCUCGUUUCCCCCCCUUCCCCCUCUCGUUUCUCCCCCUUCCCCCUCUCGUUUCCCCUCCUUCUCCUCACAUUUCCCCAACUUCUUCCUCUCAUUUCCCCCCUUCCCCCUCUCAUUCCCCCCAUUUCGCCCUCUCCUUCUCCUCAUUCACCCUUUCCUUACCCUCAUCUCCCCAUCUCGUUUCUCGCAUUUCCCCUACUCCGUCCCCUUGUUUCCCCAUCUCCCCUCAUUUCAUCCUCUCGUUCCUCUUGUUUCCCACAUUUCCCCUUAUCCGUCCUCUCCUCUCCCUUUCUCCGUCCCCUCCUUUACCCCUCCUUCCCCUCAUUUUCCCCUCUCCCUCCCCUCAUUCCCCCCUCUCCUUUCCCUCAUUUCCCCCCUCCUUACCCUUCCCUGCCCCCACCCUGCCGGCAGCUUACCCUCUCAUCGCCAAAUUGUAA